CCCCCCCUCCCACUGGCUCCCCCACCACAAGCUCAAAGGUUAGAGUGAGGGCAGCUGGGUGAGCUACAAUGGACAGGAGAGUGGGGACCGAGGCUUUGGGCCCCCUGAGAAGCUGAAGAUAGCACUGCCACCACCCCCACAAUCUGGGGACACACUGUCACUGCCUGUCACUGGCAAAAGGAAGGAGGGGCAUAGCACAGCUGUGUGACCUUAGACGGAGGCCGGGGAGCCAUGGGCGACUGGGGCUUCCUUGAGAAGCUGUUGGACCAGGUCCAGGAGCACUCCACCGUGGUGGGCAAGAUCUGGCUGACGGUGCUUUUCAUCUUCCGCAUCCUCAUCCUGGGCCUGGCUGGUGAGUCGGUGUGGGGCGACGAGCAGUCCGAUUUCGAGUGUAACACGGCCCAGCCGGGCUGCACCAACGUCUGCUAUGACCAGGCCUUCCCCAUCUCCCACAUUCGCUACUGGGUGCUGCAGUUUCUCUUCGUCAGCACGCCCACCCUGGUCUACCUGGGCCACGUCAUUUACCUGUCCCGGCGUGAGGAGCGGCUGCGGCAGAAGGAGGGGGAGCUACGGGCGCUGCCGGCCAAGGACCCACGCGUGGAGCGGGCACUGGCGGCCAUAGAGCGCCAGAUGGCCAAGAUCUCGGUGGCGGAGGACGGUCGUCUGCGGAUCCGAGGGGCGCUCAUGGGCACCUACGUGGCCAGCGUGCUCUGCAAAAGCGUGCUGGAGGCAGGCUUCCUGUAUGGCCAGUGGCGUCUCUACGGCUGGACCAUGAAGCCUGUGUUCGUGUGCCAGCGCGCACCCUGCCCCUACCUCGUAGACUGCUUCGUCUCUCGGCCCACGGAGAAGACCAUCUUCAUCAUCUUCAUGCUGGUGGUCGGACUCAUCUCCCUGGUCCUCAACGUGCUGGAGCUGGCUCACCUGCUGUGCCGCUGCCUCAGCCGGGAGAUGAGGUCACCGCGGGGCCAGGACACCCCCCCAACUCAGCGGAACUCCUCGGAGCCCUACGCUGACCAGGUCUUCUUCUACCUCCCUGUGGGCGAUGGACCCUCGUCCCCGCCAUGCCCCACCUACAAUGGGCUCUCAUCCAGUGAGCAGAACUGGGCCAACCUGACUACAGAGGAGAGGCUGGCUUCUUCCAGGGCCCCCCUCUUCCUGGACCCACCCCCUGAGAGUGGCCAGAAAUCCCCCAGUCGCCCCAACAGCUCUGCUUCCAAGAAGCAGUAUGUGUAGGGACCUGGGGCUCCUGUUACCCAGCAGAGGGGCCCCAGAAAAUGUGGCUGCCUUGGAGACCCCCUCCAGGAAGACUGCAGGGAUGAGGGGGGCAGUGGAAGCCAGUGCUUGCUGGCCAGGCAGCCUCAUUGCAGCCUGUUUUUGAACAUCUGGGGCCUUCCUGGUGAGCAGAGGGCACCGUGGUUUCCCCUCCAGAAUGUGACUUUGCCCCAGGCAUGGACCAAGCCAGCUUGGGGUGCUCUUGGCCAAGGCUGUUGUGGCAUCUCUGGACUUUUUCAUCUGGUUCAGAGCAAGCCUGGAGCCAGUGUCACCCCACCCUCGUGGGAGAUGCCCCUCUGCCCACAUGUCCCUCACAGGAGAAGGCUGGUCAAGGCUGCUGGGUCGGCCUUGAUCACACGCACGGAGCCUGUGCUGGGUCUGGCCCUGUCCAGGGGACUGGUGUCUUGUUCUCAUCACUCCUUCCUAGUUCCACUGUUUAUGCUUCUAAAAUAAACAAGACUUGAUCACAGGC